GUGGAAAAAAUAACAAAGCAAUCCAGCAAGGAGCUCACAAAAAGAACGAAUUACGCUCGGGCAAAGGUGUACCAAAUUUUCACAAGUGAACAUUAUUUUCUGGUGGCUGUUUGAAAUUUUCGUACAAAAUUACUGUAAAACAUAGAUUAACCUUUUGGUUUCGGAUAAAAACCCUCUGGAUGCCCAAUAUUUGAAGUCAAACAAAAUUGCGACGUUGUACAAGAAGCUGCAUUUAUAAAGCGUUUUCUCCUUGAGCGGACACAACACCAUUCAUUGCCAAUCCAUCCCGAAAGUGACGGAGCAAAUGAAAAUGAAGAUGCCCGACAACAACAUUGGCGGAAGCAGUUCAAACAGCUAUACACACAUCACGAUAAAUGCUGCCAAUGUGUUUAAUCGGGGCGGUGGAGGAGACGCGGAUACAGCGCGCAACACCGGGGUCCAGUAUCCGAACGAUCCUUACGAUUCGGACACGGACAGUUUGAGCACACCACCGAAUGAGGAAAGCGGCGCUGGUCCCGCGGACGAUUUCGCUGAGUACAUGUGGAUGGAAAACGAGGAUGAGUUUGACAUGCAAGAGCUGCAGCGACUGGAGGAGGAAGAGCUGAUGGACCAAUGCAUUGAGGCGAUGAUGAUGGAUGAAAUGGCUUCGGCAGAAAUUAUGGCAUCGGCAACGUUGGUCGGAAACGUACCAAGGGAAAGCGGGUUGGUGAACAUCUUGUCGAGUUUACAGCUCGACAAAGACCAGCAGCAGCAGCAAUUGAUCCGCCAGCCGAAGGAUGUGAACGUUGAGAAAUCGACGCUAAACCCGUUGGCCGCCGAAUUUGUGCCAUCGUUCGUACAGCGAACUCUCGUCGCACCAACGUCUUACUGAACUUUGUCGGAUGUAAAACAUCGCAAAAGAAGGUAUGCAAAUACUCACAUGCGCGAGCAAACAGUGGAAAAAAUGGGCGAUUUAUUACUGUUUCUUUAUGCUAAUAGUCUUAUUUUUUGUACGGCGAACGUGUUUGUAAUGUAUUAGUGCAUAAACAUAGCUUCGAAUAACGUUUAACAAGUCCUUCUGCUGUAGCUGCAAUGGAAAAAUGGUGAUACAAUUUGCGUAUACUUUUCAAUGAAAAGUAACGAUUUAUAGACACGUUGUCUCUGGUUACGAUACGGCAGAUACCUGCAAUCCCGGCGGUGUCUUGCCGCCUUUGUACUUACGAAGGACGAUCUCUGAUUUUUUUUUGGGUUAGCUGAGUAGUACGCAACAUAUGUGUGCUGUUUUUUUUUGGAAGAGUACAUAUGUCUAUACCAUAGAACGAUUUUUAUCCACACUCGCUAGCAUCACACGCGAACGGUGAUGGGCGCAUGCCGAGUGCGAACAAACGCUCUUCCAUUGUGGCAACGAAUUUGAAUACUUAUUACCUAAUGUAGCAUUACUUUCCCGCUCAGAGAGUGUACCAUUUUUUCCUGUUGGUGGCGUAGGACUUUUAAUACAGUUAAUAUCCCAAAUUUACGGUGCAGUUGCGAAACUUUACAAGCUGUUAUCACCGAUCACGAACGCAAAGAACGUCCAACAUUAUUACUGCUACUAUUGUGUGCGUUUUGGGUAUAGUGCAGGUUCCUUUUUUAUGUUUCAUUUGAUAAAAAAAAAAAACAAAUCCCAUUUUCUUCCUCUUUCACAUAUUUCUCAAAAUUAUUCACAUUGUAGCGCUCAUGUACACUAAAAGCAAAAAUGUCGAAAAGAAGCAAAAAUUAUCGGUUCCAAUCGUGGCCGUGUAUUCAUCAUUAGAUCAUUGUUAGUGAUUAGUUGUAAGAAAAGGCGGUCGUUGCAAUACCGGCCACUAAAAAAAUCCGUAACUCACAACAACAAAAAAAGUAUAAAAAAGUCAACAAGAAAAGUCUGCUGUAUGUGUUAGUAUUAUGAUUGUUCGUGGCAACAACAAAACAAAAACCGGAAAGUGCAAAUAUACGCGCCCGGGCUUAACAAGGGAAAGGCGACCGAAUUUGCCACAGGAAUUCGAACAUUUCUUUCGUUUACAAGAAAGGAUAAUGUUUCAACUGUGAUACGAUUGAUCGUUGAUUCAUAAUUCACAGUCGGGAUUAAGUCAUAAAGCAUUAUAGUUCCGUAUGUUUUCUUGCCUGCCGGGGGUCUCUUUUAUCCACGCGUGUGCGCGCGAAGCAUGUUGAUUUUUGGAGGAGAUCUGUAGUAGGAUUAUCCAUGUUCACAAAAAAAAACGCAACGUGCACGUGCAAUCUUUUGAGUAGAGAGUAAAAGAGUUUCCGCUUGCAUUUACAGUCGGAUCGUAUGGAUGCCAUCUGUAUUCAUAUCGGACCGAACCGGUGGUACAAAAAUCCAAUGGUUUUUUUUCUUUUGUUUUUAAUGGCCGGAGACAUGUAAGUUUUUUAGCGUCUAUGAUUUUAGCCUAAAUACGCAACAAUAAGAAAGCAACAUGACACGACAAUUAGUUCUAGUGCUGCAACAGCAAAACGAAAAAAAAAUAUUAAGAUAACAUAAGCGCAAACAGGUUA